AUGAAUCGAUUCCGCAAGACUAAGAAGGAGAAGACGAAGGAGGAUGCGGAAGCUAUCGAGAACACCCACAAUUUGCUCACCUCCAAGUUGUCCAAGCGAAGCAAGAAGGAUGAGCCCGAGGAAGUGCUCGAACUCGACCUAUCGAAUGCCUUACCGUCUAACGAUGACUUCCGCACGAGCUUACUCAUGCCCAAAUUAUCGGCGCGGUUUAGCAUGUUGAGGGAACAAGACGACCCGGCCUCGAUUAUCGGCAAGGCAAGUGACGAUAGUGUCUUGUUUCCUAAGCGCGCCUCCCGAUUGAAUCUCUUCGGUCACAAUCCAAACCUGCUCACAGAUAUCGAUGAGGUAUCUACAGAUGGUAGUCGGCCGUCUUUCAGCCUCGGCCGUGACUCAUUCGCCUCGGCAGGCGAUGGUUAUGGUACCGACGACGACCGCUCACAGAAAGAAAGCAUUAUGAGUAGAGCUCGCCGGGCGGAAGGUAACAAUCUGUUUGGUGGGCGCCAAAAGGUCUACAAGAUUCCCGCCAAGGCAUCAUCAAAUGUAUCUGUCGCCACGGAUGCUGGACAAAUGGGAGGCCGCGCGGUCUAUGACCAUGAUUUGUCCUUGUCCGCUUUUCAACGGCUGAGGCUAAAAGAGAAGGAAGAACGUGCUGCAGCCGAGGAAGCCCACCAAUAUACGUCUGCCGCGGAGUCAGAAGACGCUCUGUCUAGCAUUUCUUCCGCUAAGAGAACUACGUUUUCCUCAACAGCCUCAGGCCCAACCGCCAAUGGCCGUACAUCAACAGCAGCUAGUUCCAUCAACGAGCAGUCAUUUGUAGAGUCGCCGUCCCAGGAGAGCCUGGCUCCAUUCUCUAAACCAUCCGUACCUGCGAUGGCUCCUGAGCGAGGCUCUGUUAAAUCACGGCGCCUGUACGGCCAGGGUCUAGCGCAGUCCGUUCAAAACCAGCAAAACUCUACACUACAUCGUUUGGAGAGUCUUACGCGUCAACGAGCAGGAACUCCGGAAAUGCCUCGCCUCAACCGGAGCUAUUCCAGAAGCGCCACUAGCCUGCGCGAUAGGAUACAAAGACUUCCGCUGGCUGAGCCGGCAAUUGCCACACUCCGCCCUAUCAGCCCGGCACCGUCGUCCACAUCGCCUACACAGCAACACGGCAAAACUAAUGCCCAAGAACAGAGGCCCCAUGAAGCUCCCCAUGGUGGGCCCCCUCCGCUAAGCCCCCCAGCCAGUGAACGUGAGGAAGGUGCCCCAUUGAUGGCCGCUCUCCAGCCGGAAGAUCACGGAAAAGCCACAGCCCUCGGAUUGUUCAACAAACCUAGAACGCAAUACGAUGAAAGCCAGUUUAGCCAACGCCAACUUCAGAUGCACGAGGGACGGAGCACGCCGCCAUUAUCGCGACCUUCACUUCCUGGACGGAGUAUUUCCCAGGAAAGUACUGGACGUCCCAGGGGUCUCUCAAACACAAGCUACCGGCCACGAACUGGUUCUACAACCUCACACUAUAGUGAAGCCCAACGCCCAGGUAGUCGAUCCGCUGCCCCGAGUGUCUACGAAUCCCCUCGCCGAAACAUCAACGGUACUUUCUUCGCCAACAUGAGCCCCAGUGAUUCUGAAGAUGAAGAGGCUGAGGCUGUACUUGAGUUGGCCAAUGGGGUAAUAGCAGAUGAUUUUGUGCAUCCUGCGCUUCGGUCCGAAACUCCACAAAAGCCAUUUACACCCACAGGCGAAGGAGCACAAGAAGAACAAAGCCCCUUGCCUGAAGUGCGGUUUUCGGACCUGGGGGAUUUGAAACCCAUAGCCGAAAACGAUAUUGCUGAAAAGACCACCAAUGACGGGAAUGCCGCUCCUGAGAAGCCUGAUUCGCCCACCUUGGGCCCGUCUGGCUUGGGCCUGAGUGGCUUAGUUCGUACCCACUUGCGGCACGACAGUGACAAAUCGUCCAUCUUCCCACCACCCUCCCCCGGUAUUCCACUAAAGCAGAUAGAUGACGAGAGACACAAAGAAGCGGACACGGAUGAUUCUAUCUCACAAGAGCAUGAAACACCCAGAAAAAUUAUUGACCCGUCGGAGCUUCUCAACGGCUCCUCCUGGCAAGGCGAGCUGGUGGCGAGGCACAGGCGUCAAGCAAGCACCGACACACAAAGAGAACGCGAAGAGUUCGAGAUCGAGCUGGCGGAAAGACGGAGAAAAGUGCAGGAGAAGUUGAAGGGCAUGGCCGAGAAUGAAAGUAGAUCAGCUAGCCCUGUCUCGGGCCGCCAGACCCCUGACUAUACCCAAGUCAAGCCCGGAAAUGCAUUUUCCCUGCUGAAGAGUAAGUCCGGAAAGCACAAUUUGUUUGGCAGACAGGACCAGAGAAACCCGAAGAUCCUCGGCCUGGGUAACGCUUCUACUCCAACAUUGGCAAUGGAUGAUUCAUGGCGCGAGGAGGAAGAAAGACCAUCGUUCAGCUUUGGAAAGCACUCCAACUCAAGCUCGCCUCAUGUCUCUUCAGAGCGUUCCAUACGGUCUCGCAUGUUUGGCCGCAGCAGUCAAGAAGAAUCCCGUGAGUCGAGUCGUAGCCGUGGAGCAUCACCGCAUUCAAGUUUUAGGUCUAGGCGGGAUCGCUCGACCUCCGACGCUUCUGGUCGCUCUAAGAGUCGCACUCGGCGGGAGAGGGAUGAUCUCGGAACUCUAGAGGAGUCUGAUCCAGAUGAACACUCCGCGUUCCCAGACUUUGACCAGCGCGGCCUGACAUCUGUGGCUUCUUCCGCCCGCCCAUCUGUGGAUGUCAAUGAUACACAUAUGUACGACCGGUGCUCAUCUGCCGCAUCUGGAAGGUAUCGCAGCGGUAGUCGGUCUGGAACACCAAGCUUUGUUGAAAGACCACUUCAUCCGCCUGCGCUUAACCCACAAAUGAUUGGUGCCCCGCCGCGACCUUCACCCAUCGCCCCUUACUCUGCCAAUGCUACCCCGCCGUUGUACGAGAUCUCCCCUGAUCCAUCUUCUAGCUCGGCAUCUACUUCGACAACCAGCCUCCCUCAGCGGGCUCCUGGGCAUAACGGUGGCCUUCAGAAGCGGCCCAUCGAUAAACAUCAAAUUUCCGAGCCCACUUUCGUGUCCACCACCUCGAACGUUCCAACUGUCGGCCUUCCACCUGGGGCAAGCUUGAGCAAUGGCAUGUCAACACCUCCAGUUCCUCCUAUGAACCCACGCCGUCGCCGCCAAACCACCACCCAAACCAUCCUUGGUGCGAUUAGGGGCGAUAAGUACGAGUCGCAGUACGCCCCGUCUCAGUACGCUCCUUCGACAACCCCAUCGACAGCUGAUAGUGUUAUGGAAGAAUAUAGCACAUUUUCCGACGAGGGUGAAAGACGGCCUAGGACCCGAAACAGGCUGCGCAAAACUUCCAGCGAAGGCGGAGAUCUGAAUGCCAAAGCGAGACAUCAACUUAUGACUGGUCCGCCACCAGCUAUGCCAGCUUAUCCACCACCUCAAGUCCCCAUGGAUGGCGGCAUGUUUUAA